GGUCCACAAUCCCUCCCUACCAAACAUGGCGGAGAACUUGGCGAAAAAGCCUCCGAAGGGUAUACUGAAACCGUCUACGAGCUUCGAGUAUGCAGAGGCCCGACGACAGAGUCAGAUGGACCUGAAGUGGGACGAGAUAAACAUUCUACAGACCCUGCACCCACCUGACAAGGAUUAUGGCUUUAUGAAAAUUGAUGAACCGAAGACGCCGUACAGUUACGGUGCUGAAGGAGAAGAGAACAGGACACUUGACCCUCUGGCAUUAGCUGCAAGAAUUGAAAAGGGUACAGAUACGCCUGCAAAGGUCUUCGAGGAGCCUGACUCUCCAGAAGCAGAGAACUUGACGGAGGAGGAAUUACAGCGCCGGAGGGUGUUUGAACUGAGGCGCAAGGAGCACUACAACGAGUUUGAAAUGGUGCGACGCAUGAGAGAACGCAUGAAGAACAAUCCUCCUGAGGAUGAAGACGAAAUUGACGAAAGCAGUGAGGAUCUAGGAACAGAGGAAAACUAAAGGUGCUGAAUGAGACACCAGAACCCAACCCUCAUCUACUGUCUGUAGCAUGAAAGGCUCCUGUACAGUGCUGGUACAGAAGUGACCUAAUCCCGCCAGCCUUACCUUGUUUGGUCCAAUGAGGAGAGUGAUUUUUCAUUUGCUUCAUCAGGGAAUGAGUCCACCCUUUCGAGAUUGCUUUGUGUAAAUGCAUGGAAGAAUCAAGUGCACUUUCAAGCAAUACCAUGCAACGCUUGACUCGCAUCUAUACUACCGGUAUAUUCACGGUAAAACGUGCACUCCACCGUUGACUUCUCAUUGCACUUUGUCGCUUUUGUAAUGAGGCUGUGAGUACAGGAGUCUUAAUUGAGUAGGAUAUAUUUUUUUUUUUUUGCUUUCUUAAAUGUAGAUUCGUUCUCGGUAAGGUCUUUUAUUCAGUAAAAGACAUCCCCUUGCUGGAGUAUGACGUAAAUUAUGUCAGUACCUCGCGCUACGUCGUUCCAUGGCAUUUGAAUAUUUAUUUCAGUUAUUGGCGAGGAAGGCAUUUUUGCCAGGGCAGACGCUGCUGUAUGUGUAGAGCCUUGUGUCCCAGGGGUAAACCUGGUAAAACCAACUUUUAUCCCCCGUCCCCGAUUUGCACUAUCGUCAGGGCAGAACCCAGAAAAAAAAAAACGUUAAAGAAGAAAUUGCCACAGUGUAAAUUCAGCCAUGAAUACAGCACUGGAGAACGCAAAGCACUACACAUUCUCCAAAGUUGCUUAGCAUCUCGUCGUCUUCUGAAAUACGAGAGGCUUUUUUUUUUUUUUCCCACCAAAUAUCAUCCGAUUUUACCCCAAUUUAAGACCUUUUUACAUCUGUACGAGCUUGUGCUAAGACUAUGGAAGAUGCACAGGAGACAGAUAAAGAUACUGUAAAGGGCUCUGCACUUCAGCUAUGUAUUGACAACAAUCCACCGUAUGUUUUUAUACACGGUGAGGGUGAGGAGGCAGGCCACACGCAGUGGAUUGUCAUCAGUAAAUGUAAAAAAAGUAAAUGUAAAAAAAGUUGAAAAGAGUAAAAAAAUAAAUUUUAAAAAGGGAAACAGGUAAAUAUAAAAAAAGUAAGGAAAAAUGCUCUACUCUUUACUGAAGUUUACCGAAGUUAAGUCUUUACCGUGCCCAUACCUGUCUCCUGCUGUUAGCGUGAGGUCUUACAUGUUGCAGCGUCAGCUAGCCCAGAUGAGAACACUGCUCACUGCCGAUAGGCCAAAUACUUUGCCAGGGAGGCGGCUGAGUUGUUUGAGAGACGCGAGAGGCUACCUCAGCAGUGUCUCCUAACAUUGUCUUUACAAUGUCAAGAUACUAGUCUCUGUGUUCAUACAAGAAGUUAAAAACAAAGUAAAAUUUGUACGUGAGUCUGUCAGCGAGAUACGAAGACUACUGAUUUUUGUCCCCAGGCGUGGUAGUUUUCUUUUUAAACAAAUUUACGUUCUGUUGAUGUUAGUAUUACUAACUGAUUUUCUUUUUAAUCACUAAGCGACAUAUAGCUUGUGAAGCAGCAAAGAUACUUUCGUGCCUGUGCACAUGUACAUGUGUGUGAGGUGAUCCAAAUGUCAAAAACACAUGUCAGAAAUGUCAAAAAGGCAUGAACGGUGUCAUACUGCUAAUGCUUCACUUCUGGAGUGUUAACUCGUUUGUUUUAUUUGGUUUGCUUCAACGGCAUGCAUUUUAAAUGCCAGAUAACGCCUAAUGAUUUUGCUUUGCAAUAUGGAUUGCAUUUACGUGGGAUGUAAGUGUUAAAACCUGCACAAUGCUGGGUUUUGCAUUUGAGAUGCUUGGUAUGACUUAUGUAGAUCCCUUAAAUUGCCAUAAUAUUGUGCUGUCAUUUGAGUUGAAUGAGACCAUGGUCAGUGCCAGUACCCUAGAAAGCUCCGUAUGAACUGGUACAGGCAGUGCGAGAAACUAAACGAGUGUAAGGAAUUUUCGUCCCUAAACAUGUGCCAUGCUGCUAUUCCUACUUGUGUUUGCAGCCUAUGCACUUGCUACAUGACUACAGGGUAGGAGUUUUGAAUGUUGACAAAGAAGCUCAAUUUCUUUCAAGUAUUGGCAGAUGUCUUCUAGGACACGUUACGUUUUACGCGCACACAUACCCAUGCAGACAUGCAGUGCUGUUCUCGGAUAAUUAGAACUUUACAUGCUCCCUCUGCGUAAAAAUACUCUAACAGUCAUUCAUGACGUGCUGUGAUCACUCAUUAGGGGAACAUCAGGUUUCUGAGUUAAGGUCUAAAUUUGCUACAACAAUGUUGUACCUUGUCCUGUAGCAGUACGUUUUUGUACGGAUAAUGUUGUAUAAUGGCCCUUCUGUUGAUAUUUUCUCACUAUUUUGAUAUAUUUAUUAUGGUAGGUGAAAUAAUACUUCUUUUUUUCCUGUCUUUUGCACUUACCCACUCAUUGUAACUAUAGGUUUGAUAUUAGGGUUUGCUUGCAGGUGGAUUGCCCAUAACACUACAUACUCUGUUGAACAUGUUACGCAUCAGAGACAAAAUGCUUAUGUCCGUGUCGGCUGUAACAGUUUUGCACUUUACUGAUUUCUCCUAACCGAUGUGGUAUCAAGCUUUCAUUUUAAACAGAACAGAGAGAGCAUAUCAUGCUGCAUUGCACAGGUGUAGGUAUGUUUAAGGGGUACUAAAGUGCAAGAACUUC